AUGUGCGGCCAUGUUAUGAGAGGUCGUUUCAUGCCUCGCUGCGCUGACUGCGACAAUAUCGAUUACUCAACCGCUUGGUCUCCUCUGGUCCGAAUCCCCAUCCUUAUCAUCAUCACCAUCAUCUUCAUGCGCAUGCAUCCUGCCAUCGACAGCUUUAUCAAGCGCGCCAUCUGGAUGAUUGUCAAGCCCCUUGCUCUACUGAUAGGAUACUUCUUCGUUGUCAUUGUUCAUAUUCUUAUCUUUACCUUCGUCGAUGGUCCCAGUAUGAUUGCCAACCGCAACAACACUCGAGACCUUGACGUCCUUGGAUCGCUGGAUACCAAGAACAAUACCAAGCUCAACGCUAUCAUGAGCCGGCUUCAUGCCACUGAGGCCGAGCCCUGGAUUCCUGGUGGCGUCUUCGACAAAAAGUACAAACCCUUUCUGGUCGCUGACAAUAUGAACUUUUCUGGUCCGCGUCAGAAAGUCGCAAUGACUCGGAAGCGCAACAUCUCCUGCUGA